UAGGUUUCGAGCUCGUUCUCCAAACUCUUUCUUUCUUCUGACUCUUCGACAGCCAAGAGAGACUGUGGAUCGUCGGCCAAAGGGCGAAAACGACGCGGCACAAGGCAUGGCCGCUCCGGAAGCUCCUCUCUGCUAUGUAGGAGUGGCCAAACAAUCCGCUGCUUUCCGCCUCAUGAAACAAAUGGGAUGGGAAGAAGGAGAAGGGCUCGGGAAAGACAAGCAGGGAAUCAAAAGCCACGUCAGAGUAAAAAACAAACAGGACACUACUGGUGUUGGUUUGGAGAAGCCAAACAGCUGGGCAUUUGACACCACACAAUUUGACAAUAUUCUCAAAAGGUUGAAAGUGCAAUCGGCGCAACCAAGCAAUGAAGGCGAUGAGAAGAGCUCGCCUGAAGUCGGCACUGAGACCAAUGUGUCUAAUGAUGUUCAGGGUCAAGUUGUCAAGGCCACCCGACCACAGGGAAGGUAUAAGAAAAGAGAGAGAGGGAAGCUUGUCCAUGCCUAUUCUUCUAAGGAUCUUGAAGGAAUUCUUGUCAAAAAGGUUGAGGAGUCGCCUGGAACAAAUCCUGAUCUAGAUGGCGAGUUGGAAUUAGUAGAGCCAUCUGAAAGUCAAUUUUUUAAUGAUGAAGAAGACAAAGUUGAAGUUGUUUCUGCAGAAUGGUGGGGCUAUAAAUAUGGGUUUAUCUCAGGAGGUUUUCUUGGGGCAAAAUCUUCAAGAAAGAAAUCACUGAUGACUGAAGAAGCUCAAACCCAUAAUGAGAGAACUGUAUUUUUUGAAGAUGAUCAGGAGAAUCUAUACAAUCUUGUCCAAGAGAAAGCCACAACUGGAAAGCAAGGACUGGGUAUUAGGGACCGGCCAAAAAAAGUAGCCGGUUGCCACUUUAAGGGGAAGAAGACAUCAUUUAGUGAUAGCGAAGAUGAAGAUUCUUCUGAUCUUGGUUAUUUGGGUAAACGAAAACAUGAUGACUCAUCAGAACAGCAACGGACAGAUGAACCUAAAGUGAAGUUGAAGAAGUUGUGCAAAAAGCUUCUUCGUCAGGUAUCUGGAGAGUCAUUAAAGCUGAAACAGCUGAAACUUCUUAUUGAUGGACACUCAUCUUCUGUUUUUUCCAAUUUUGCUUCAAAGAGAGAUGCUCUAGCUUACUUAAAACAAAAGCUGGAAGGCAGUCAGAAGUUCUACGUGGAAGGAAAAAAAGUGAGUCUUACGUCGAGGAGAGGCUGAAAAUUUUGCUACAAAUUUUGGAAUGCCAUAUUCUUUUCUUGGGAUUUAUGUUGCAUGUACGAAUCUGUGUAUUGCAUCUGAGGUUAGAUUAUCAUUUAAUUUACAAGACCCUUGCUAGGUCCGUUGUCGUAAUUAUAUGGAAUUUUGUGAUAAUUUAUGCUUUAAUUGUUUUGCUCAAAUGUAAUAGCGGCCAUUGUCAUUA